AUGAUUCUCAAAUUUAUACUCUCUGAAGCUGGAGGAAGGCGCCUGGACCAUGCAUAUGCAAAUGCAUCAACUGCAGGAGUUGACCAACAGCAAUUACUGUCAUAUCAAGAUCUUAAGAGCAAGCUUGAACACUUCCAAUCAAGAAUAAAACAAGCAGUAACUGUGGUAAAGCCACACUUGAAUAUGGAAUCUGCGGUUAGUGCACUUGUGGCAUUGCAAGAAUUAGAAGGGCUAGCAACAAUGGAUGUGAGUGCUCCAUUGGUUGUUCAAGGCCAAGAACCACUGUUCCAGAACUAA